UCGAAAGUCGUAACUCUUGAAAAAAACUCAUGGGGCACGCACGGCCGUCAGAGGUCAUUGCGCGUUUCGAUCGCAACGAACGACAUGAGCGACCAGACGUCUUGCGGCUGCGACGGAGCCAUCACGUGCAUCUUGCACACGCCGAUGGUUGCCGAGCCCGCUGCGGAUGCGGCUGCUUCACUUGCGCCCGUCAACGCCCCCCUCGAGGCUGCGUGGGGUGACGACGACGUCCCGGCCCCGCAAGCGGACCUCUACAACCACGACGUGUGGCAUGGCGCGUAGGCCGCGAACGCGUCUUCCAUUGUACAUCAUCGACUCUGAGGCCGUCGCCUAGCGCUCCCGGUCGCCACAAGACGCUCCGUCCACCGCCUCAUCGGUCGUCCAGCUCGUCACGCAGGCAUUCAAUGUCCGCCGAAAUACAGACCCCAAUCUUGCACUUCCC